AUCGUCUCGUCUGUAUCAUGGCGUGACGGCCAAUGUACGUCAACGAUAACCGUUAUUUCUAAUACUCCGAAUCACGUCGGUGUCAAUCGAUACCAAGUUGAAAGUGCGCGAUAAAUAUAAUAUCUAAUUAACCCAAAUCUGCAAAUAAAGUACAGCAUCAUCGCGGAAUGACAAUUAUCUCGAAAUUUGUGAUAAAAAAUGGCUCAGCUGUCUUUCAGAAAGUCGCGUCUGCUUAACGCUGAUUGGCUGGAGCAGUUGUGACGACAUCGCGAGAAAAAUGCGGGAACAUUUCAAAUGAUGGGAAGAUGUAUCGCGAGGGCAUUGUCAACCAUUGAGAAGAAAUAUGUAGAGACUACACAGAAAGAUGGGGUCAGAACUAUCCAAUUAAGCGAUUCUGCCUCGCUCAAUUCCCUGUCACUGGAGAUGCUGAAGACUCUGAUAAGCGAAAUUAAGAGGGACGAGGACAACCAAGAUCUACGAUCAAUCGUUCUGACAUCCGUGCCAGGAAAAGUUUUUUCUGCCGGACACAAUCUUAGGGAACUGACAACUACCAACGACAAGUUGCACAAAGAGGUGUUCGAGACCUGUUCGGAACUGAUGCGAUCCAUCAGCCAGAGUCCAGUGCCGGUGAUCGCGGCCGUUGACGGUUUGGCAGCUGCGGCCGGUUGUCAAUUGGUCGCGGCAUGUGACAUCGCGGUAUGCACGGAGAGAAGUUCGUUCUCUACUCCGGGAGCAAAUCUCGGGAUAUUCUGCUCAACACCAGGUAUACCGCUAGUACGUAACGUGCCGAGGAAAAGUGCGUCGUACAUGCUUUUCACGGGAUACCCUAUUUCCGGCAAAGAAGCCUACGAAUGCGGUCUCGUUAGCAAGGUCGUGCAGAAUGAUAAACUCGACGAAGAAGUCCGUCGAAUUACAAGUGCAAUUAAUAUGAAGAGUCGCUCGGUUGUACACAUCGGUAAGACGUUUCUGUACGAGCAAAUGGAUCUCGAUAUAUCGACGGCGUAUCUUCGGGGCACCGAAAAAAUGGUGGACAAUUUGAAGAUGAGAGAUGCGCAAGAAGGAAUACGAAGCUUUCUGGAGAAGAGGAAACCGAAGUGGUCACACAGUUACGAAAAGAAUUGAUUAUGCGGUUGAUUUGUUUAUAUUCCUUCCUCAAUUACUAUCGUGCAUUAUCGUACUCGAUUUAACCUUUUUUACACGCACAAAUUUUUACAUUUGAUAAGAGUUAUAGUAUUUCUGACCCGGAUAAAAGUCAGCUUUGAUUUAAAAAGGAAAAGAAAAUUUAAAAACGUAAAUGAGAUUAACGAAUACAAAAUGUGUUCUGCACUUGAUUCCUAUUUCUUUGAGUGAAUUUCUUUUGCAUGGAGUAUAUUUCUAUUUUGGGUCAUCAAUUAUGUAUAUGUAUAAAGCGAAUCACGAUUCUAAGUCUUGACUAUUGUUAUGUACUACGCGAUUUCCAAAUCUUGGUCGAUUACACGAUCUGAUGAUUCAAUUUUAUGUAAUCAGAUUAGACAAAUAAUAUCAUGUUAUUAUUGUUUGUCAAAAAAGACAGAGAUUAACCAUAUAAUACAUUAAAGAUUACUUAAGUUUCGAGAUAACCUCAAGAAAAACAAAAGAUAUAAAGAUAGGCCAAUGAGAAAACCACUCCGUGUUUGUUAAUAAACAAUUAUAUCGA